GGAUUUACACCAUGCAUAUUGGAUAACUGAAAGACAAUAUAAUAUUUCGAUUAGUGAAUGUAAUUGAACUAACUCGUUUGUUAAACGGAUAUGCUUUCUGUGAUUUAAAAAAGAAAAUGGAAAUGAGACUAACAUAAAUUCAGCAUUUAGCAAAAACAAAAUCAACACCAGAAUAACAAAUAACGAAAACAAACAACAACUCACAACAACUACAACAACACAUGAAACAACACAAAAAUAACACAUCAGCAAUAACAGUACCGGUACAGCCGUGAACAGAUUUUCUGCACAGCGUUAAUGUAGUCAGCAAUUGUAGGCUGCAUCUGUUGUGUGACCCAGCGAUAAAGGGGAAUUCUAAAUAAAAUGACGUUAAACACAUAUUUUAUCAUAAUUGUUAACGAUUAAGUUGUACAAAGAAUUGUCUGGUGAUACAUUAAUUUCAGAAAAGAACUGCAAACAUUCUAAUUGAUCGCGAUGUUAAUACAUUUACUUUUCCGUCUCCAGAGACAAUCCGCGUUCUCAUAAAACAUCAAUUGGUAUGUUUAGUUCAACUCACGUGACCUACUCUUUAAUAACGCAAUGCAACACGCCUUUAGCAACUGUUUGUGAAAACAACAAUACAUCUGCGUUGCCGUUAAUUUAAUUAAAUAUAUGACUAUGGGUUCCGGCCAAUCGACGCCCUCGAAAACGACACGCCGGCGCCGUCGGAAGCGGCAACAGAAAGGCCCGCUUCCGCCGGAGUCAAAGGAAAUCCACCGGAAAAAGACAGAAGCAGCGCCUAUUCCGGCGGCCACCUUCUUUUCCCGGAUGGAGCAAUUCCAAGCGCCGGAGAUGAACUACAAGUCUGAGCACAUCGACCAAGUGACCGAAGUGCCGGUGAUACGGACCGUGUCGAGCGUGAAUUUCAAGCAAGCAACAUACACGGGCAUCUACAACGUGAAGGUGCAUUAUGCGGACCACAGGGAGUGCAGGAUCCGCGGCGCCGAGUUUCUUCCCAACGGCUCACUGUUGCUAUGCGACACGGCCAACCAGAGUCUGAAGCUGUUCAGUUCCACAUUCCAGUAUCUCGCACAUUUUAUACUACCGGGAAACCCCCACGAGCUCUGCCUGCACUCAUCAAACCGUGAAGGCAGUGACGUCUACGUCACGAUCCCCAGCGACAAAACAAUCAUGGAGUUUUACGUGGAGGACCGCGUCAUCACACCGGGCCGUAAGCUGCGCACGGAUGCCUGGUGCUACGGAAUAGCGGCGUACAAGCAGGGCCUCGUUGUCGGCGUCGGAACCAAGCUGGUUUUCAUGGACACCGACGGUAACUACUUAAAGGCAUUGCAGUUCGGACGCGACGGGAUGUCUCUGUUUGGGACGCCCUUCCACAUCGCCGUGACGCAUGCGCACAAUCUGGUCAUCUCGGACUCGAUGAAGAACUAUGUGACGUGCAUCACUCCUGAUGGGCAAGAAAUAUUCCGAUACAAGGACAUUGGAAUCCCGCAUGGCCUGCUUGUAGACAAGGACGAAAACCUUUAUGUAUGCGGAAACGAGAAAGGCGCCAUUGAUAUCCUACACCAGGUCACGGUGCGGGGUGAAAAGGUCAAGAGCCUGUUGUCCUGGAGACACGUGGGCUUCACACCAGACACAAUCACGUUCAGAGAGAAGGACAAACUUCUAGCAGUGUGUGGCGAGAACGACCGUAUCAAAACAUUUCGGCUAGACACACGUCGCUCUGGGAAGAUCUACUCCAAUGACGUCAUCAUGGACGCUGAGCGCGCGCAGACAGAGCGAAGCACGAAGGAGGUGCAAGAAAUGAUGCGGAGGAUACUGGACCGCUGAAUGGCCGAGAUUGGCUGUCAAAUCCUUAGUAUUCGCGGGGCAUUCACGUGCGUUGAUUUAGUGAGUUGGCCGAUCCAUUAAUAUGACAAAAACGCUCUGCAAAAUAACCGC